AGCGAUGGCCGGGAAUGCGGCCGCGCUUACUGCCACUCUGCUGGCACUGCUUGGUGAAUUGUACAAACGGGGUGUGCGUAUAUGGCUGGAUCACGGUUUGAGCCAUCUGUUCAGAUAUCUGCUGUCCGUGGCCCAGCUUACAUACCUGCUGCGAAGGAAAGAUCGACGCUUCCGGUACUUGGCACCUGCACACAAUGAUGAUGUCAUCGACUGUGGAGCCAUCUGCACCCCACUGGAAUGGUCACUCGAAUGUGCACGGGAAAAGGGAGAGCUGAAAAAAGGUCAAGACAAGGUACUUUUCAACGGUGUGAACACUGGUGGCGAUCGGUUAGUGGUGAGCGUCUCCCGCCUACAGAACCACCUGGCCGAACUAUGGAUUAUCCUUUACACAGCUGAUGGAGCGCUCUACUCCCUGCCCGUUUCACUUACACUCGACCGCAGCGCGGGAAGCUGCUUCUCGGCCGCUGGUCUCCGGCUUCAAUGCUUGGCUCCCAACCGCCGUUGGCGCGUCGCAUUCAACGGGCUGCUCAGGAAACACCGUCGAAUCGGCAGUUUGGCUUCGCCAGAACUGGAAGUGCCCGUGAAAUUUGGAUUCAUUUGGUCUACGGUCUCACACACGUUGGAGAUGCCCUAUGAACUGGCUCCGACGCAUUUGGCUGAAAGCUUAGCGAAAAUGUCGACGUUUAGUAUGCUUCAGGAUGCCACCAGGUUGGUGAGUGAAAUGGACACGUAUGAUCAAGCUGGCAUGAUGUGUGGUGAGCUGACUGUAGAGGGCAACACCAGAGAGUUGUGCCUGUGGGGAUACAAAAUAAGGAGUCGAGGGAAUGCACCACAAGCGUCUUACGAAGAACAACAUCAGUUGGGCUUCCUCGAGAAUGGGGACAUGUACCAUUACGUUUGCUCUACAAACUAUGGAGGAGAAAAUGGUGUUUCAUACGGGUCCUUCUACGCACCUGCGUCCAUGAUGCGGUCGAUCGAGUGCAGCCAUGUAGAGAUGGACGUAGCCUGGCUCACCGAGCGCAGCAGGCUGAAUAUAAGAAGCGGGGAGGUUCUCCUGCCAGUUCACGUAAAGCGUGUUGCUCCCAUUGUGGCCUUGACAAGAAACGGAACUUCUGAAGUCCGCCUCGCUGCUGUUGACAUCAAAUGCGAUGAGAACAACGGACGCGGCCUUAUGAUUUCUUUUGUAAAUAGGUCCCAACAGACAAAUGAUGACAUUCCAGAGCAUAUUAAACACAAGAUCAUUGAAGAUGACCAGGUACCUAAAGUAUGUCCUCUUGUUUCUGACAUCCCGGACCCGUGCAGCAAAAUGCUUGAACUGACCGGAGGAAAAGGCUCAUCGCUAGCAGUGCUGGACUCCAUCGCCACAGAGUUCAAAACGUUUUCAGUACCACGUGGAUUCAUCGUAACGACCAAGUCGUACGAACUUUUUUCUACGAAGGAAGAACUUGCUAAGCUGGUCCAGCAGAUUGAGGUUGCAAGAAACCGAGAAGACGGGCAAACAGCGCUGAAAGAAGCGUGCUCCAGGGUUGUGGAUGCUAUUGAAGCAAUGGAGAUACCAACAGAAAUAGCCGAAGAAAUUUUCCAUCGCGUCUCGACCUUUCCUAACUACACGGCAUUUGCUGUCCGUUCUUCAGCUGUAGGUGAAGACUCGGAGGACAUGUCAGCCGCCGGUCAAAUGACAACACUGCUUGGUGUGCGAGGCCACGAAAACGUCGUUCGCGCUGUGGUGAAAUGCUGGGCAUCGCAGUACAGCUUCACAAACGUGAACUACAAAAGGCAAUACGGACAGCCUCUGGACAUGCCGAUGGCAGUGGUGGUGCAGGAACUCGUGGACGCAACCGCGGCAGGUGUCAUGUUCACGUGCGAUCCGCUCACCGGGAGCCCAUCGUACAUCACCGUGACUGCCAACUACGGAAUCGGAGAAUCUGUCGUAUCAGCAUCAGCAGACCCGGACACCUUCAUUCUUAGAAAAACGGGAGAUAAAAUUGCUACCAUCGAGUCAAGGCAAAUAGGUCAUAAGUCCGUCUUCACAGCUGUUUCCGAGAGUGGCGACGUGGCUACAGUGCCACUCAGUUCGGAGAAGGCCCAGAGCUUGUGCAUGAACGACAAAGACAUCGAGGAACUGGCAGUUAUUGGCAUGCAGAUUGAGAAGACGCACACAAUACCUCAGGACAUCGAGUGGGCACUCAGCGAUGGAAAGUUUUUCUUGUUGCAAUCUCGGCCUGUGACAACAUUCCUCAGAGAGACGGACAGCGAAUUGAUUCACGAAUUUGACAACGGCUUGAAGUCAGCAAAAGAAAUUCUCACAAAAGGGAACAUGAGCGAAGUGCUUCCGGGAGCAAUGCCACCCCUCACUUUAACUUUCCUGCGUGCUGCGUUUGACGUUUACUGCAGGGACGGCGCCAUGCGGUUCUCAUAUGCUUUCAACCCUGACCAGACGCAGUACGCCCCAAUAUUUAUGCCCAUGCAUCGCUACACCUUCUUCUUGUGGUUGUCCGACGGUCAACGUAGGACAGGAUCGGACGCAAGUCUCAUGGACAGGGUAUUCUUGCACAGUAUACUCGGACGUGACACAAACGAUGACGUGAAGGAUGCUGUAAGACGAGUCCGGAAGCUGGACAUGUGGAAGCUUCCGAUGCACUUGUACUACUUGGCAGAGGUGCUGCUUACAGUUACAUGUGGUGUGGAGGAGCACUCGAGGCAAAGUACAAAGCUCCGUCUUUCAGUCAAUGACAUGAUGACAGCAGCGCAGGUGUACGACUACAUUGGACGCAACAUACACCAUCUUCGCAAGCCUGGAAUAUUUCUGAUGAAGAAGUCAAUGGCAUCGUCCUUCUACAGUGCUAUCAUACUUCAAAUACUCGGUGCUGCCAAACGAGGGCUUAGCAGUGAAAUUUUCAGCGAGAUGUCUAAAACCUUAUAUGGUGCGGAGGUAGAAAGCGCCGACGUGCCUCGAAUGAUUCAGGAAUUGGGUCACGUGCUGAGAGAAUCUCCGGAGAGGGAGAAGUUUCUGAGCAUGACUACGGAGGAGGCUUCAGAGUGGCUAAUGAAAUCAGAGAACGAGUGUGGACGGAAAUUCCGGCAGUUCAUGGAGAAACAUGGUCACCGGUCUGUGAAGGAGUUCGACGUGUACACCAAGCCCUGGUCACUCGAUUCUUCGUCUCUCGUCAAGUCUCUAAAAGCCGCAGCAAAAGCCCAGGUUGACUCAGGAGCAUCAGCUGCUUCACGGAGCCUUUCUUCUCCACCUCCCAGCAUUUCCAUCUUUCGAAGGAUGAUGUUGAAGCUGGUGACACCAAAGGCACAAAGCGGUGUUGCUGCUCGUGAGACGGCGAAGUCGGCUGUAGUGCGUGUCAUCCACCAGCUGCGGCUGGUGUGCAACCAGCUGGCGACACGCAUGGUUCGCGAAGGCAGGCUCCCUUCACCGGAAUUGCUGUUCUUCCUCACUUACGAGGAGAUAGGCAUCUUGCUCCGAACCAGGAAUCCAGAGCUCGUCCUCAAAGCUCAGCGACGCCUGAAAAUUCACGCACUGCUUGAUAAAGACAGAUACCCAUCCAUAUUUGUCGGAAUCCCAAAGCCGAUUGAACGCAUCAAAAGGCACAUUGAAGGAGACUUCGAGGUGAAAGGAAGUCCGAUGUCUCAGGGUGUUGUGGAAGGCAAAGCGCGCGUGGUGCUGUCAUUUGAAGAAGCCCACCUCAUACAGAAGGGUGAGGUACUCAUAACAAAUGCCACUGACACUGGUUGGACGCCAUACUUCCCGCUGUUGGCUGGAGUCGUAACAGAAAUUGGAGGUCCGCUGUCCCAUGGUGCUGUCGUCGCUCGUGAGUACGGCCUCCCGUGCAUCGUCGGGGUCGAAGGCAUCACCAUGAUGCUUGCUACUGGUGACUAUGUACAGCUGGAUGGCAACAAAGGCUUACUGAGAAAAAUUGCGGCUCCUGCUGCAGAAGACUGACAAGACCUUUUUCCUCCAAGAAAUAGAACUGCAGUAAUAAAUCACGUGGGAUCAAAUAAAAAAUGGGUAUGUAACAGUGUAGUUCAAA